CAACAUUUUGAACAGCAAUUACAACCACUCUCACAUCAUCAUAACUUAUGAUCAUUUUUCUUCCUUUCUUUACCCCACCUACUACCCCCACUCACUAAAAAAUCAACUCAAAUUUCCCAUUCUAAGUCUCCUUUUCUCUCUCACUACAGUUUCAUAUGCUGUUGCUUCAAUCCACCUUCAAUUUCUUCAAGGAACCGUUAGUUCACAUCUGCUUUCCGUUCAAUUCAAAUAGUGAUUUCAUGGGUCUUUCUUGAAACACCCUUUAAUCAAGCAUAAUUGUUGCAGUAUAGAGUAUGUAUCCUAAACCCCUUUCUGUUCUUGAUUCUGUUAGUUAGCUUUUAUUCCAUUAGUUCCAUUUUUUAAUAAGAAUUUUGGUAUGGAUUCAUACGAUCAAACCACUCGGUUUAGGUAUAACCCCACACAAGGUAGUAGUGAGUUCUCUGGGAUUCUUGAAAUCUAUGUUCAUCAUGCUAGAAACAUUCAUAACAUAUGUAUCUACGAAAACCAAGAUGUUUAUGCUAAAUUUUCCCUAACUUACAAUCCUGAUGAGACCUUUUCAACUAAGAUCAUCAAUGGUGGAGGUAAAAACCCUGAAUUCAAUGAGAAACUGGUGAUCAAAAUCACCCAAUUUGAUGCUGUUCUCAAGUGUGAAAUGUGGAUGCUUAGCAGGGCCAAGAAUUAUAUGGAAGAUCAGCUCUUGGGGUUUUCUUUGGUUCCAAUCUCUUUGGUUGUUGGGAAAGGAGAAUUAACCCAAGAUUUUAGUCUUUCUUCCACUGAUUUGUUCCAUUCUCCUGCUGGUACUGUCAAACUGAGUCUUUCUUUCAAUACAAAUCUACCCUUUAAUCCAUCUCCCAAUUCGGCCCGGAAUUCCUCGAUAACUUCUGAAGUUGUAUUGUUAGAUCGAAAGAUCUCUGAGGUUGCUCUUGACCCAAUUGAGUACUCCAGAAUUGAAUUCCCAGAUAUCAAUGUAGUUAGACAGAAUCAACAGAUGGUUUCUGAAUAUUUCGGGCAUGGUUCUGCUUCCAAGCCUGCAAUGGUAGGCACGGGAUCCUUUCUUUGCCUAGGUGCCUGCGAUCAUGACUACGAAAUGGUUGCCAAUUCUGGCUCCAUUUCUCCUGAAGAUAGCAUCCAGAAUUCGGGUUUUUUCAGUUCUACAAUGACUAGUUUGGGUGACGAUAGGAACUCGGCCGAUUCAUUAGACAAAAAGAAUACUUUAGCCGCAGAAUCAUCAAAUAUUUCUCCUUCCAAUCUAGACACCAAGGAGAACACAUUGAGAGAAAAGAAAGAGCUAAAGGAAGAAUCAGCAAUGCAGCAACAGAUCGUUGAUAUGUAUAUGAGGAGUAUGCAACAGUUUACAGAGUCGUUGGCGAAGAUGAAGCUGCCGAUGAAUCUUGAAAAGAUUGAAGCCGAAGACCAUGGGGAUGUUAUUCAACGACCCGAAAACAAUGUGGAGAUCGAGAACAAGAAGAAAGACGGUGGUGCACGGGUUUUCUACGGUAGCCGGGCUUUCUUUUAAUGAUUGUGACAUUUGGCCAAAUGGUAUUACUAAUCCCUCUUAAGGUAGAGUUUUAAGUUAUCUCGGAAUGUUAAAUAUAUCAGUUUGUUAAAUGUUUGUUAUGCAUGAAGUCUUAGUUUCUCGGCCUGGUUCGCCAAUCGGCUCUCUAUGUUUUCAGU